AGCCCAAAUUCGGCUCCCAGCUUUGAAUGCCUUGGUGGGAAAUUACUGCAAUUGACAGUGGUGCAGUGAAGUUUACUCUGCCCGGCACAGAGAUGAGCGCCGUCGGCAACGCUGACUUCCGGGCCCGACAGGCCCGACGCCGUGGGCACAAGGGUGAUGGCCCGUCGCGGCCGGGAGGGUAUGAGUAUGAGUCCUCUUCGUUCCCAACAUCCCCUGCUGGCUACGACCAGUUCUCUUGGCCUCCUCCUGCUCCUGGACUUUCGCCGUACAACUACGAUUCCUACGACCGAUAUGAGAAGCAUCUCGAUCGCUAUGAUCGCUAUGAUCGCUAUGAGCAUGACCGGUACUACCGCGAAAACGAGCACGACUACCAUCGUUAUGAGCAGGAUCGCUAUCAGAAGUACGAGAAUUCGCGUUAUGGUCGACAUCACGAAGUUCAUCACGGAGGCUACGAGCAGGACUACCGUCGCUACCAUAAUCGUGAGUACGACCGCUACGAACAGAAAUUGCCGGACUACGUUGACCCCAGGAUACCCUCAACCCAUCCAGAUCCUGAAUACUUGGCCUACCUCGAUUCCUUGUACACGCCAUUGGAAGGCAUGCCACAAGCGCCGUUGAGUCCCGCCUUCAAUGACUGGCGAACACAUGAUGACUGGAGUGCAAACCCUCACCUCUUUGACGCGUUCGAUGAUGCCAAUGAUGCACCGGCAAAGGAAGAGCACGGACGUUCCAAGUACUUUGGGGAUGCACCAGGCAGUUCUUGCAGUACAAGUGACACUGAUGGCCAAGUGAUCAAAGUGCCAACAAAAGGAUCUGCGAAGCAUCAUCUUGGUUCCUGCAAGCCAUGUGCGUUUGUCUACAAGUCUGGUUGCACCAGCGGCUACGACUGCGAGUUUUGCCAUCUUUGUGAUCCGGGAGAGAAGAAGCGCCGAAAGAAGGAGCGCAAACAACAGAUGCGGCAUGUCAGGUAAGCUGUGGACGGCCGCAUGGAGGAUUGAUCGGAGCUGAAGUCUUCCAAUUCAUCCGAAGAAAAGUUUGGUACCUGCUUUCACAAGGGCUUAUAGAUUUUGUACUUAUUGGAUUGUGUUCAGAUUGAAUGCCCUUAAUUCCUAUUAACAAGAACGCCACUCGGUUUGUACCCCAUGACGUGUCCUGGCCUUUUAAGACUCAGUUGCAGAGCGAACAAGCAAUUCGGCAGCGGUGACACAGGGCGACUGCCAAAGCAGUGUGUACAGAAACCGAACGCUCCGCAGCGACCUCCAUG